AUGUGUUAAUAGUUGGAGGAGGGCCAGCAGGUAAUUUCACUUAUUUAACCUUUGAACUUAGGUCUUGCUGCUGCCAUCAAACUCAGGUAGCUUUCACAAGAAAAGAAUCAAGACAUAACAGUCUGUUUAAUUGAAAAGGGUGCAAAAAUAGGUGCACAUAUACUCUCUGGAAAUGUUUUCUAGCCUAUAGCAUUGAAUGAGUUACUCCCAGAGUGGAAGUAAGAAGAGGUAAUUACCAAUCAUGAUGUUUAUGAUGAAAUCUAGGCUCCAUUAACUACUCCAGUAAUUGAGGAUAAAUUUACCAUAUUGUUCGAAAAAAGUCACUUUAACAUUCCCUACGCUCUAUUACCUUCAUCGGUUCAUAAUACAGGAAACUACAUCAUUAGUUUAGGCAAUCUCUGCGAAUGGAUGGGAGAAAAGGCUGAAGGAUUAGGAGUCGAUGUUUUACCAGGAAUAGCUGGAGAUUAAAUUCAUUAUAAUAGCGAUGGCAGUGUAGGAGGUAUUAUUACAGGUGAUUUCGGUAUAGCAAAGGAUGGCUCAUUUAAAGAUAAUUAUUCUCCUGGGAUUUAGAUUAAUGCAAAGCAAACUAUAUUUGCUGAGGGAUGCAGAGGGUCAUUAACAGAGAGAGUGAAGAAACAAUUUUAGUUAGAUAAACAUGCGACAGGGAUGUAGCACUACGGAAUUGGUUUGAAAGAAGUAUGGAGAAUCGAUGAAAACAAUCCACAUUUCAAGGCUGGAAGAGUUUAGCAUACUAUUAACUGGCCUCUGAAAUCUAAUGUAUAUGGAGGAAGUUUCCUUUAUCACAUGAAACCAAAUCUUGUGCAUGUAGGGCUAGUUGUAGGGCUUGACUACGAGAAUCCAUACCUUAAUCCCUAUGAAGAAUUCUAAAAAUACAAAACACACAAGGAGAUUAGCAAGAUCUUAGAAGGUGGAGAGUGCUUGUCAUACGGAGCGAGAGUCUUAAAUGAAGGAGGGUAUCAUGCCAUCCCCAAACUCUCAUUCCCAGGUGGAAUGCUUUCUGGAGAUUCAGCUGGAUUCUUGAAUGUUGCUAAAAUUAAGGGAUCUCAUAACGCGAUCAAAUCAGGUAUGAUUGCUGCUGAAAGCAUUUUUGAGAGAAUCCAAACUGGAGAGCACUUAGAAAAUGUGGAGCUUACACAGUAUGAAAAGAACAUCAGAUCUUCAUGGAUUAUGAAAGAGCUUAGAGAAUCAAGGAAUUUCAAGGGAGGAUUUGACUAUGGUCUCUGGGCAGGACUCUUGCAUGGCAGAUUAAUUACCAUGACUAAAGGAAAAGAACCGUGGACUUUAACUCACACUAAAUCAGAUAGUCAAAAGACAAAGCCGAAGGAUUAGUUUAAGCCAAUUGAAUAUCCAAAGAAGGACGGAAAGCUUACAUUUGAUUUGUUAACAAAUUUAACGAGAAGUGGAACUAAUCACGAUCAUGACCAACCAUCUCAUCUGAGAAUAAAGAAAGGAAUGGAGAAUGUGCCUUUAGAGGUUUCCUAUAAUAAAUUUGGAGCACCUGAAUCAAGAUUCUGUCCAGCUAAAGUUUACGAGUAUAUUCCAGACGAGAAUAAUCAGCCUAAACUUUAAAUUAACGCCUAAAACUGCCUGCAUUGUAAAUGUUGUGCUAUAAAAACACCUCAGGAAUUCAUAGAUUGGAAUGUUCCUGAAGGAGGAGGUGGACCAGCCUAAAAAAAUAUGUCAGUGAGUCUAAGACAAAAGCUUGGAAAGGCUUUCCUCCAAAACAGAUCUGCUACCAUGGCCACUAGAGCUCACCCAGGCCAAGCUGCUAUUGCCAACUAUACCCAGCAGAACAAUGAUUUGACUAAUAAAUGGUUGAAUAGACUCAGAUUGACUGCCUCCACCAACAUCGCUAGAGAUCAACUCGGUCAAUUAUCAACAAUCAUUGAGCACUUCAACAAGCCAUCCCACAACUAAGGCCUCUCAUAAAUCCACUGGAAUGAAUGGGCAAGCAACCUUCACACUAGCGGUGUUGUUGAGAAAAUUAGAGCUAAGUAUGACAAUUUCAUGAAGGCUGAAUAUAAUGUUGAAGCUGCAGUCGGUCAAAUCGGCAACAGAAACGAGAAGAUGAAGGCUUUAGAAAUCGCUAGUGAGUACAACUUCAUGCUCUAUCUUGUCCACUUCGUUGAGCACCUCGAUACUCUUGAGACCAUUAGAAACGUUGGAGAUGUUAAUGAGUUAUCAAACCUUGAGAUGUUAGCCCUUACCCCAACUCUCGAUACUCUUCAUUCCAUCAAUGUUGAGAUGGGAAAUAUCGCUCCAGAGGACUACGUCGAGGAUGGAAUAUACACUAGACUCUGCACCUAAUUCUCCUGGGGAUCAAGAUACAACCCACCAUUCGUUCACUCAUCAGAUGCCCUCAACGCAGUCGUCGCCACCUUGGCCAAGCUCGGUAAAUGA